AUGGGAACUAUGGCUAUUGCUAAGAGUGGACAGAGAGCCUGGGAAGAAGAAAAUGAGAGACUCACUGAAAGUCUGAGAAGCAAAGCAGCUACUAUAAAAUCUCUUUCCAUACAAAUAGGCCAUAAAGUUAAAACCCAAAAUAAAUUAUUAGCUGAAAUGGAUUCACAAUUUGAUUCUACAUCUGGAUUACGAGGUAAAAGUACAGCCAAACUGAAGAGUUUAACCAGAGGGAGCCAAACAAAGCCACUGUGCUAUAUGAUGCUAUUUUCCUUAUUUGUCUUUUUUGGGUCAUUCAUUGGAUUAUUAAAUUGA